GAGACAGUGGCUCAAGCAGUGGGUAGCUUUGUCGCUUGGCCUGGCCGUCUUCUUACAUUAGGACAUCCUUCAAAGUCUAAGGGGAAGAAGAGCCUAUUGGGUGAUCACUCAUUAUCAUCACCACAGAAGCAGCCCUCUGAGCCCAUUCAAGUGGUAUCAUCAAGAUUUCGAAUAUGUCUUGAGGAAUAUGCAAUUGGGGCCAGAUUAGAACAUGGCGAGGAUUUCAUGAUUCCCCUAGAGUUUGAGCCAGAGGUAUACGGUCGACCCUCGUCAGAUUAUGUCACAAAUGAAGUAUUGAAAGAGAUUCUGACGCAUGGAAUGGCCAGCACAAAUGCCUGUAACUUUUAUAUCAGAUAUCUUUUCAAGAACUUCAUAGCCCCUGGUGGCUUUGAUGACAAGUUCAAGAUUAUCAGCCCCCACACUUUUGCUGGCCACGGACCUAAUAUGAAGAAAGACUUAUCCAGAGACUUGUUAGAUAUCUUCAUUUCUAGGGCAACACCGGGGGCUCAGACUUUGUUUUUGGUGCCUUAUUGUCAAGGGUAA